AUGACUCAGGUGAUGGAUUUUUUAAGGGAGAACCAAUCGUUUGAAAGUAUUCAAUUUACUGAAGAAAUAAUAUCAAAUGUAAAUACAAAUGGGAUAAUGAAUAGGAAUAUAAAAAUAUCACCAGGUGACUCACUAUGUACAGUCAUUUUAAAGAAUGGAGUAGAAGAAGUAAUAAGAAGCAAUGUUGGUGGGGAAUUGAGUGAGAUAAAUAUGAAUAUAAAAAAUAUUAAUGGUGAAUGUAAAUCUUCCUCUUGGAUUGCUAUAAUAAUUAACUCAAAAUACUGA